AUGGGUAAGGAGAAGCUCCACAUCAACAUUGUGGUGAUUGGCCAUGUGGACUCCGGCAAGUCCACCACCACUGGCCACCUCAUCUACAAGUGCGGUGGCAUCGACAAGAGGACCAUCGAGAAGUUCGAGAAGGAGGCUGCUGAGAUGGGCAAGGGCUCCUUCAAGUACGCCUGGGUGCUGGACAAGCUGAAGGCCGAGCGGGAGCGUGGCAUCACCAUCGACAUCUCCCUGUGGAAGUUCGAGACCAGCAAGUACUACGUCACCAUCAUCGACGCCCCCGGCCACAGGGACUUCAUCAAGAACAUGAUCACCGGCACUUCCCAGGCGGACUGUGCGGUGCUGAUCGUGGCGGCGGGCGUGGGCGAGUUCGAGGCGGGCAUCUCCAAGAACGGGCAGACGCGCGAGCACGCCCUGCUGGCCUACACGCUGGGCGUCAAGCAGCUGAUCGUGGGCAUCAACAAGAUGGACUCCACCGAGCCCAACUACAGCCAGAAGCGCUACGAGGAGAUCGUCAAGGAGGUCAGCACCUACAUCAAGAAGAUCGGCUACAACCCCGACACCGUGGCCUUCGUGCCCAUCUCCGGCUGGAACGGGGACAACAUGCUGGAGCCCAGCCCUAACAUGACCUGGUUUAAGGGCUGGAAGAUCACCCGUAAAGAUGGCAACUCCUCCGGCACCACCCUCCUAGAGGCCCUUGAUGCCAUCCAGCCCCCCUCCCGCCCCACCGACAAGCCCCUGCGCCUACCCCUCCAGGACGUCUACAAAAUCGGAGGUAUCGGCACGGUGCCCGUGGGCCGUGUGGAGACUGGCGUCCUCAAGCCUGGCAUGGUGGUGACCUUCGCCCCCGUCAACGUGACCACGGAGGUCAAGUCGGUGGAGAUGCACCACGAGGCCCUCUCCGAGGCGCUGCCCGGCGACAACGUGGGCUUCAACGUCAAGAACGUGUCCGUCAAGGACAUUCGCCGUGGCAACGUGGCCGGUGACAGCAAGAGCGACCCGCCCCAGGAGGCUGCCACCUUCACCGCGCAGGUGAUCAUCCUGAACCACCCGGGCCAGAUCAGUGCCGGCUACGCCCCGGUUCUGGACUGCCACACGGCCCACAUUGCCUGCAAGUUCGCCGAGCUGAAGGAGAAGAUUGACCGGCGCUCGGGCAAGAAGCUGGAGGACAACCCCAAGAACCUCAAGUCUGGGGACGCCGCCAUCGUGGACAUGAUCCCCGGCAAGCCCAUGUGUGUGGAGAGCUUCUCCGAGUACCCUCCACUGGGUCGCUUUGCGGUGCGCGACAUGCGCCAGACGGUGGCCGUGGGGGUCAUCAAGGCCGUGGAGAAGAAGGCCCUGACCGGCGGCAAAGUCACCAAGUCUGCGCAGAAGGCCGCCAAGGGCAAAUGAAUGUUGUGCUCAGCUGCCACCUCCAGGGCCACCCAAGGCAGAGCAGAGGCCACCCGAACCCGACUCCACACACCCAUUGGCUGCUUCAACCUCAUCAUCAGAGACUGGUUAAUUGUUACAAUGCACCGCAAAAGCAUCAGGAGGAAAAACAACAACACACACUAGGGCUGGGCGGUAUACCGUUAAAAAAAAACGCGAUAACGGUUUUCACCUAC